AAACCCAUUUAAACUACUUUCAAUGCGUUGUUUAUAUUUUUUAAUUAUUUGUAAUACUUUAAGAUAAGACAUUAUUCAAUGACAUCAUUGGCAUACCACAGUCUUCAGCACUCCAGAGGGAGUGUACCUGUGAAAACCAGCAGCUCCAGGCCCUGUGCAGACUUGUAUGGAUCUGGCUUGCAGCCGGAAGCUGUGGGCGUGUUUAACUCGGAUGAGACUCGUUCCUAUUGGUGGACGACUAUCCUGGUUACCAACCAACACAGCACGCUGUUCACAUGAGAAAACAGAAAAGUCGUUCGUUUUAAAUCCAAACUAUAACAUUUCUAAUUUACAGAUACAAACAAUCUCUCCUCUACAAGAUGGGAUAGGAUUGUUGUGAGGCGGUGUCAUCUGCUGCCACACCAUGGAUAAGGAGGAGAACAGGGCGUGUCAAGGAGAGAAGCCCGUCCCCACUGUGGAUGACACUCUGGAUGAAUACUUAAUCGACCUACAGCAGAAGAACAGGAUCAUAAAGCGCCUUAAAGUCAAAGAUCCCAGGCAGAUUGAGUUGGAAAGGUUAGAGCAAGGUUUCUCCAUUUAUCUGAAUGGAGCCAACGCUGAAGUGAGCAGGAAGCAGCACAGAAGCAACAACCCUGGGUUCCACACGCCUGUUUGGAGAGCUGCACAUACAGCAGCAGAUGUCAGUAGAAGUGCCCACCAGUUAACUGAAGGGAGCUGGGAUCUGGACCAAAGCCGCCAGAAGAGGAGCCACACUGCACCAGUCAAGGCCCAGAGGAAAGAAUGGGUGCAGAAUUCUGUCAAAAUCCGAACAGAGCAAGGACAAAAACUACUUCUAUCUCCAAAAAAUCUUUCCCCUGAAGAUUUUGAGCUCUAUGAGAGCAUAGCCAUGGAGAGCUCUAGUCUCCGCUCUCCUCGAAGUCCCCACUCCCCCAGAGACUUGUGCAAGGGGUCGCGAUCCUUCAGCUCCAGCUCCAGGUCUGAGGGACGAGGAGGUCAAACAAGCCAAGAGUAUAAUGAGAAGGUUCUCCUCAACCUUGAGGAAGUGAAGGUUCUGCGUCGGAGCUUGGAGGUCAGUAUGCGACGAAGCGACCAUGACUCUGCAGGAGAGGAGUCUGAAGAGGAGUGGAUUGAGAAGCAGAUUGAGAGAGAGGAGAGCACAGAGAGUCUGGACGAACUGGGAAUGCCUCAUACCUCCUCCAAGUCCUCCUCAAAACCCCCGACCACUGGAACGAAAAACAACUUUGACACAGCCAAACUCAUCGUCUUGGACUUUGGACCCUCUCCUAAAGGUGGGCAUCGGAAUCCAGGUUGCAAGAUCGAGCGCUCGCUAUCUGCCAAAAGAAAAGAGAACUCUGACUCCUUCAUACCCAUCAAGCCUAUGUUGGUAAAAAGCAAAACUCUAGAUCGGCCGCCUUCCAUUGACAGCUGGGAGAGUCCCAGUAUUUUUCUUGAUUUAGCAUCAAGAAGUCGAGCAGAGAGGCCGCUGUCAACACCCAGGAAGUCGUCUGCUGAGCAGCGUGACCCUGAGCAGAAGGUGUGCAGCGUUCUCCAGGCCAUCCAGAGAGAAAAUGACCCUGUGAAAAGUCCUGAACUCUUCACUCGCAGCCAGGGCAGAGCACAGCAGAUAAGAAAUGGCUCUGUUCACCACAACACAACCCCUGACAACAAUGAGAACAGUGUUACGUUGGCCAUGCAGAGAAUCACACUGAUGGGCCCCGGGCAACAACAGAAGCUGCUGACGGCAUUAGAGAAACUUGAGGCUCCUCAGAGUGAGAAAACUGACUUUGACAAGCAGCUGAGAAGACAGCCCUCAGCAGAGGUCACGCCAGCUCUUUAUGUCACCAUGGAGAUCCUGUCCAACUGGGGCAGCGCUCUGCAGGUGGGGCUGACGGAGCUUCAGUUCUUCUGCAACAGGAACAAGAAGCUGUACGUGUCGCCUCAUGACAUAGACAUCAGGAAUGCUGACCAUCCAGGGAAUCUGAGUGUCCUUGUCAAUGGAAAGAUGAAGACCACCAAAGUGCGUCACAUGUGGACUUGUCCCUUCUACCCUCCCAUCCAGCUCUACUUCAUCAUCAGAAACACAGAGCGCUCACCAGACUUUGGAAUUUCCAGGAUCAAAAUCUGGAACUACAACAAAAGUCUUCACGACCUUGACGUCGGUGCCCGUCACAUUAAACUCUACCUGAACAGCACGCUGGUGUUUGAAGGCGAGCUGGACAAGGGCUGCGGUAACCAGGUGUUUGACUACAGCACCACCAUCGAUCUCAAGGACUUCCAGGCCUCAGACUCCUUGUUUUCCAGUCCUGUCUCUUCAGGACACAACCUGCGGGGCGUCAGCCCACAACGGCAUGAAGACCGGACUGGUGCAGAGGUCAGCAGCUGCAGCAGUAGCCCCCAGAUAUACCGCAGUCUGAAUCUGCAGACGUCGGAUACAGCAAUGGUUGACAUGCAGGAGCAGACAAAUGUACAGUUACCGCCGAUCUCCUCUUCUCCCCUGGGGCUUUCCUCCCCCGCUCGUCGCCCUUCUUCACAGAGAAACUCCUUUGACCUGUCAACCUCCGAAGAGCCCCUGUGUCUCAGGCAGCAGGUGACACAGAUGGUCACCACCCAGCCCUCCUCAUCACGGGUGACACCGCAGUGGCUGCAGCCCAUGAACAGAGGGGCUCCAGAGGGUUGUGAGACCUCCAGGGAGAGGCCGCUAUGGCUGGUGCCCCAGCAGUCAACAGAACCGAAAUCUCCCUCGUCCUCUUCCAAUUCGAUGCUCCCCGAGUUGCCCUGUAACCCAGGCCGGGUCUGCAGAGGGACGGAGGGGACGGCGAAAGGAGAUCAUUGGAAUGCAAACGCUCUGGACCUGAGCUGUAACCUGCUGGAGGACUUCAUGGAGCAAAGGUCAGACAGGCCCAUCAGUGGACGCAGGAGCUCCUUCAGAAACAAUGUAGUCACUCCCAGACAGACGGAGGAGCAACAACACAGAGCUGCAGCACUGCCAAACACAGAGGAGCCGCUGUCGUUGGUGAGCAGCACCAGGAGGCAGAACUCCUCCUGGUCACAGCUGCACUGUCAGCAGGACGACUCCCUCAGGGAGUCUUGGGACUCACUCAUCAAGUUCAACCAGAGUCAGCGUGGACGCAUCUCCAACAUGGGCUUUGAGGGCGACAUCUUUGACGAGUUCAUGCAGUGUCAAGGCCGCGGUCCACCCACGCUUCCAGUCAACCCACCCACGGCUCCCAGGAGCCCUCUUUCCGCUCUGAACACUCAGGGACAUUUGGGUGAUGGCCCUGAUGACGAGCCGUCUAUGGAGCAGGAGGAGGAGUUUGAAAUCCCUGUGCUGCCGCAAGGACAAAGGCUGGUCAUCAACAUCCUGACCACCUGGGGGGACCGACACUACGUGGGACUGAACGGCCUGGAGGUCUUCAGCUCCACAGGAGAACCUCUGCGACCCACACACAUUCGCGCCGAUCCUCCGGACAUCAACAUCCUCCCUGCGUAUGGCAAAGAUCCUCGCGUGGUCACCAACCUGAUAGACGGCGUCAACCGUACACAGGAUGACAUGCAUCUCUGGCUAGCGCCCUUCACCUCCAGUCGGAACCACACCAUCUUCCUGGAUUUUGGAGCUCCCUAUCAAGUGGCCAUGAUCCGUGUGUGGAACUACAACAAGUCACGCAUCCAUUCUUUCCGAGGCGUGAAGGAGGUGGAGAUGCUUUUGGACGGAAGGUGCAUCUUCAGAGGAGAGAUUGCCAAAGCUUCAGGAACAUUAUCUGGAGGACUAGAUCAGUUCGGAGACACCAUCCUGUUCACCACCGAUGACGUCAUCCUGGAGGCCAUGUCUCGUUACGAUGAGACCUUCCUGAGUGAAAGUGAUGCUGGAGACAGUCAGGUGUAUGAGGAGGAGCUGCAGAGACCACGCACCGCUGAUGGAGAGGGAGAGGAGAGACCCUUCACCCAGGCUGGGUUCAGGGAGGAGGACAUCGCUUUAAAACUUCACCUCAACCCCAUGUUGAGCCAGUCUGAGGAGAGCGUGGAACAUAUUCCUGGCAUGUACACAGGAAAGUUUUUGAGAAUAGAGCUGUCAAUGACCUGGGGUGACUCUCACUAUCUGGGUCUGACUGGACUGGAGGUGGUGGGUAAAGAUGGAGACAGCGUACCUUUAGACGUCAGUAUGAUGGCUGCGUCCCCCAGGGACCUCAACGACCUGCCUGAGUAUGAAAACGACCUGCGCACUCUUGACAAGGUCAUUGAUGGUCAUAACAUAACCACUGACGACCUGCACAUGUGGCUGAUUCCUUUCACCCAUGGAGAGGCCCACACUCUGAACAUCACCUUCAAUAAGACCCAGACCAUCGCCGGACUUCGUAUCUGGAACUACAACAAGUCUCCUGAGGAUUCCUACAGAGGGGUGAAGCUGAUCCAUUUGUUCCUGGACGACGUGGCCAUCUCACCAACGGACGGGUUCCUGAUCAGAAAAGGUCCUGGAAACUGUCACUUUGACUUUGCACAGGAGAUUCUCUUCGUGGAUUACCUUCAGACGCCCAUGUACAACAGGAUCACCGACGACUGCCACAAUUUCAGAGGAAACUCCAAGAAGCUGGAGGAGGCCAGUAUGGACUACGAAGCUCCUCUCAUGCCUUGUGGAUUCAUUUUCCAGCUGCAGCUCUUUACGACCUGGGGCGACCCGUACUACAUCGGACUGAACGGCCUGGAGUUUUACGACCAGAACCAGGAGAGGAUCAGCCUCAGUGACAACAACAUUGCUGCUUUCCCAGACAGUGUGAAUGUACUGGACAAUGUGAGCGGUGACGUUAGGACGCCAGACAAAUUAAUAGACCAAGUCAACAGCACCCAGGAUGGAAGACACAUGUGGUUGGCACCAGUUCUGCCUGGACUGGUAAAUCGAGUGUACGUCAUCUUUGAUCAGCCAAUGACAGUGUCCAUGAUCAAACUGUGGAACUACUCAAAGACUCCACAGAGGGGAGUCAAGGAGUUUGGGCUGCUGGUAGAUGAUCUCCUGGUCUAUAAUGGCAUCUUGGACUGUGUGAGCCUGGUGUCCAGAGGCAUCCUGCCCACCUGUGACCCAGUCAUUCCCUACCACACCAUCCUCUUCACAGACAACGCUUACAUCGUUCACCGGGAGAGGAACACGGUACUCAGUAAUUGUGUAGAAGACCAAGACGUGCAGAUGAUCAACGAGAACCAGAUUGUUCGCCACAAUAAGAAGAAGCAGACGGCAGAUCCAGCUCUGCGACCCAAGACCUGCAUUACUGAUGGUGGGAAACAUGGAGCGAGGAGAUACUGACUGAACCAUGAGGAUACAUUUCUGAGUGAUGUAGUUGAGGACCUAAACCAGCCAAACAGAAGACUACGCACAGUGGUUUUUCACACACACAAAAUGCACAUUACAGGUGUGUCACAAUUUUAUAACUAGCUGUGAACAAACUCACGCACACACAAAACUGUUGUCUCUAAAACACCGUACUGUGCCAGGGCUGACCCUGUGAGGCUGCGUUUCAUUAGCCCCAGUUAUGGUGCCUCGUACUCAACACUACAUUAUCUGUGGCUGCUGCCUGUGACUGUUGUGCUGCAUAUUUUAAUCGCGCUUGUAAAAUUGUUCAACUAUUAAAAAGUGCUUUAAGGCCACGACCGUGCUGUGACUUCAGGACACCACGGAAGUUGUUUGACCUUUGUCCAGUUGACACUACAAUCAGUGCACAAACCAACAAAGCUAUGCAGACUCUGAUUUAUAGUUAUACCUGUUAGAAAGUGCAUUUUAAAUUUACGGUUGGGAAAUGACUGAGUGACAGUUUCUAUUGAUGGAUGAAGCAGUUGUCCAGCAUCACGAUUGACAGAGUCAUCAGCAUCAGUGAGGGAAAUAAUCUUGCUUUACAAGUGACCUUUAUUGAAGUUGCUAUAGUAACGAUAAGACUUUAAAGUCGAUAAAGGGCUGUUUUUGCUCACGUCACUGUCCUGAACACAGGUCACUGUUUAAAAACAAGAAGACUUGGUUGUCCCAGCGGUUUUUGUUUUCUUAUGAUUUAACCCCAUCUGAAAAAUGGCACCAUCUAGUAGGUAGCCCAU